AUGGAUUUAGUUUCUAAGUACCAGGGCUAUGUUGGUCGUGUAUUUGGGAAUGAGAAUUCUGACUCAAACGAAGAUAGUUAUGUUGAACGCUUACUCGACCGAAUAAGCAACGGCAAACUAGCCGAAGAUAGAAGGACAGCUAUGGUUGAACUUCAGUCUGUUGUGGCGGAAAAUCGUGGUGGACAGUUGGCCUUUGGAGCAAUGGGCUUUCCAGUACUUUUGAGUGUCUUAAGGGAGGAACGAGACGAUGUUGAAAUGGUUCGCGGGGCAUUAGAAACUCUUAUUAGUGCCUUAACUCCAAUCGAUCAUAGCAGAGGACCCAAGAAUGAAGUUCAACCAGCUCUAAUGAAUAGUGACCUGCUUUCUAGGGAAGCAGAUAGCAUUUCUCUUCUCCUGAAUUUGCUGGCGGAGGAUGAUUUUUAUGUGCGAUAUUACACUCUUCAACUGCUGACUGCCCUUUUAACAAAUUCUCCAACUAGACUGCAAGAGGCAAUUCUCACCAUUCCUAAUGGUAUUAUAAGGCUUAUGGAUAUGCUUUUGGAACGUGAGGUGAUACGAAAUGAGGCUUUACUGCUCCUAACUUACUUGACCCGGGAGGCUGAGGAAAUCCAGAAAAUUGUGGUUUUUGAAGGUGCUUUUGAGAAGAUUUUUAGCAUUAUUAAAGAGGAAGGGGGUUCAGAUGGAGGUGUUGUUGUUCAGGACUGUCUUGAGCUACUCAACAAUCUCCUUCGUACUAAUGCAUCUAAUCAGGUAAUGCUGAGGGAAACGUUAGGCUUUGACCCUUUGAUAUCAAUUUUAAGACUCAGAGGAAGCGCCUACAAGUUCACCCAACAAAAGACAAUAAACUUACUCAGUGUUUUGGAAACAAUUCAACUCCUAAUUUAUGGAGGUCAAGAAGCCGAUCCUAGCCGGCACACAAACAGGCUGACAAAUAUAACAGCCCUGGUCAAGGUCUUGGACCAGUUACUGAUGUUGGGUGUUGAAAGCCAAUGGGCUCCGGUGCCUGUGCGUUGUGCGGCACUACAAUGCAUUGGAGAUCUUAUUGCUGGUCAUCCACAGAAUCGUGAUCUCCUUGCGACAAAAUUACUUGGAGAGGAACCAAAUGUAGAGUCUGCUUUGAAUUCCAUUCUAAGGAUUAUCCUGCGUACUUCCAGUGUUCAAGAGUUUAUAGCUGCUGACUAUGUCUUUAAGAGCUUCUGUGAGAAAAACCCUGAUGGCCAGAAAUUGUUAGCAUCAACAUUGACCCCGCAGCCACAGUCGAUGACUUAUGCGCCAUAUGAAGAUGAUGUUCACAUGUCAUUUGGAAGUAUGCUGUUACAUGGUCUUACAAUGAGUGAGAGCAAUGGUGACCUCGAGACUUGCUGCAGAGCUGCGAGCGUUCUUUCUCAUGUCUUGAAGGAUAAUUUACAAUGUAAAGAAAAGGUUUUGCGAAUUGAACUUGAAGCUCCGGUACCAACUUUAGGAGGUUCAGAGCCUUUAAUGCACCGUAUGGUGAAGUACCUGGCUCUUUCCUCUUCUAUGAAAAGUAACGAUGGAAAAUCAAGCGCUCGGAACACAUAUGUUGAACCAGUUAUCUUGAAACUACUAAUUGUCUGGCUCUCUGGUUGUCCAAGUGCAGUACAGUGCUUCCUCGAUUCACGCCCUCACCUAACUUAUUUGCUCGAGUUGGUUUCUAAUCCAGCUACGACUGUCUGUACAAGGGGAUUAGCAGCUGUGCUUUUGGGCGAGUGUAUUAUAUAUAAUACAUCUACUGAUAGUGGAAAGGAUGCAUUUAGCAUAGCUGAUGCCAUAAGCCAGAAAAUUGGGUUGACAUCGUAUUUUCUGAAAUUUGAUGAAAUGCAGAAAAGCCUUCUUUUCACAUCUGCCAAACCGGCACUGUCCCGUAAACCAUUAACAAGAUCUACUGCUGCUAGUAUGGCUGAGAUUGAAGAUGUUGACGAAAAUGAGGCCCUUGAUCAGAAAAAUGAUCAUCCAAUGCUAGUAUCUACCUUUGAUCUUCAGUUCGUCAACUUUGUGAAGCAAUUAGAGGGAGAUAUCAGGGAUAAGACAGUAGAGAUUUAUAGCCAUCCUAAGAGCCAAGUAGCAGUGGUGCCUGCAGAACUAGAACAGAGGAAUGGGGAAGCUGAUGCUGACUAUAUUAAGCGGCUUAAGUCAUUUCUUGAGCGACAGUGUCUUGAGAUACAGGAUCUUCUGAGCCGGAAUGCAACUUUAGCGGAAGACGUAGCACGGACGGGUGGAAGCGGUUCAUCCGGUCAUGAACGUAGACCUAGUUCGGGAGCAGAGAGAGUCCAAGUAGAAACGCUUAGAAGAGAUCUUUACGAGGCUUCUCAAAGACUGGAGAUGCUAAAGACCGAGAAAAGCCAGAUAGAAUCAGAGGCUGAAACGCUCAAGAAUUUCGCUGCCAAGAUGGAAGCUGAGCUACAAAGUUUAUCUAACGCGUACAACAGUUUAGAACAGACGAACAUCCAAUUGGAGGACGAAGUCAAAGCUUUACGUAGUGGCGGGAGUAGUGGCGGAGGCAUGUCGGCCAAAGACAUUGAGGCAUUGAAAGCAGAAGCACGGGAAGAAGCUCAAAAAGAGAGCGAGGCUGAGUUGAGCGACUUGCUCGUGUGUCUUGGUCAAGAGCAGAGCAAAGUAGAGAGGUUGAGCGCAAGAUUAAUGGAAUUGGGAGAGGAUGUAGAUAAGUUGCUGGAAGACAUUGGGGAUGAUGACGAUGCAGGACUUGGUGAAGAUGAUGAAGAGGAUGAAGAUUGAUGACACAUACUUUCCGCCUUCAUUUUCUUGUUAUUUUUGUUGCCUGUCUCUCAAUGGAAUGUGUACAGUGAUUGUUUUGCAUUAACAUCUGUUGGACUGAAAAAAAUUAUUUUAAAUUCUUUGUUGUUUCUCCGUUAAGAGGGUUUGGGAAGGGAUCCCAUCAGAAAUUGCAUCCGUACUAACUUUAAUGAUUCUACGAUCUUCUCAUGUAGAAGAAGGAUACAGUCAAAUCUCAGCAAGUGUUUCUGCUGGAUUUCUUCGAAUCUCUAAUGCUUGAAGUGCGCUGUAAGCAGCCCCUCGGAUCGUUCUGUAAGUUCAUUGCCGUUGUAACGUUUAUGUGAUCCAUCUAGUUAUCAUGAAUCAUCAAAGGUGUCAACUAUUCAUGACGCUUAAUAUCAGUGGGGAACUGUAUGCAGGAAAAAUAAACACUACCGACUACUUUGAAUUUGCUGUCAAUUUCUUGUUGUGAAAGUUCCAUCAAUAUACAAUAAUUACAAAGGAAAGAAACACACCGCAUCUAUUAUUCAUGGAUUUGAUGUACUUUCUGUUUCGAUUGUUUUCAAUAACUUCAUGUCCACAUUUGUUAGGUGAGAUGUCAAUAAAUCGUCUUAGAUUUCCUGUCUUUAGUAAAAACCUGUUUAAAUCAAUGGUCCCUGAAUGCCUCUCUGAAAGGGCCGGACAAGCCUGGUCAGUUGGCCACACUCUACAGAUUGACGCUGCCG